ACGCUGAAACUUUCUGUCCGUCCGCGCUCGCCGUAGACGUCACGAGUUGCGGGGAUGAUCAUGGCUGGGAGUUGAGGAACAAUAACAAUAAAGUGUUAGCGAAGGGUCGCUGUAGUCUAUGCUCAUUUGAAACUAAAAAUAAUCGCGCAGACCGGGGCUUACAUGGCCAACAUCACCAAGAAAGUGUCGUGGUCGAGCCGGGCGGACGACUCUGCAGCGGCCGCGGCGGGGGAGGGCACACCGCUGCUGAACGGACCCGAGCAGCCCCGCUUCCCCUCCAGACAGCAGUCUGGAGGAGGAAGUUUAUUUCAGAUAGGCAGACUGUCCACGGUGGAAUUGGAGGAGGAAAUAACAGCAGAUGAGGAGUCAAUUAGAGGACAAACCCGCGAAAUCCCUCACAAUGAAAAGCUGCUCUCUCUUAAAUAUGAAGGUCUGGACUAUGAUAACAUUGAGAACCAGCUGUUUCUUGAGGAGGAAAGGCGGAUGAGUCACAUGGGUUUCCGCUGUUUGGAGAUCAGUCGCUGGGUGGUUUGUGGUCUCAUCGGCAUUUUAACAGGGCUCAUUGCCUGUCUCAUUGAUAUUGCAGUGGAAAACCUGGCAGGCCUCAAAUAUGAAGUCAUCAAAAAAAACAUCGUGAAGUUUACAGAAACAGGCGGUCUCUCUAUCUCUCUUAUCCUCUGGGCCGGUUUCAAUGCUGCUGUUGUCAUGCUGGGCUCCAUUGUAGUAGCAUUCUUUGAGCCUAUAGCAGGAGGGAGUGGCAUACCUCAAAUCAAAUGUUACCUUAAUGGUGUUAAGAUUCCAAGGGUGGUGCGACUCAAGACUCUGGUUGUAAAAGUAUUUGGUGUCAUAUGCUCUGUGGUCGGUGGACUCGCUGUAGGAAAGGAAGGUCCCAUGAUCCACUCUGGUGCUGUUGUGGCAGCUGGGGUGUCUCAGGGCCGCAGCACAUCCUUAAAAAGAGAUUUUAAGAUAUUUGAGUACUUCCGACGUGACACAGAAAAGAGAGACUUUGUUUCAGCCGGAGCUGCAGCCGGUGUCUCUGCGGCUUUUGGAGCUCCUGUUGGUGGGGUACUUUUCUCUCUUGAGGAAGGAGCAUCUUUCUGGAACCAGAUGUUAACAUGGAGGAUAUUUUUUGCCUCCAUGAUUUCUACCUUUACUCUGAAUUUCUUCUUGAGUAUUUAUCAUCAGAAACCUGGGGAUCUCUCAAAUCCUGGUCUCAUCAACUUUGGUCGCUUUGAAAGUGAGAGUUUGGCAUACAACUUUUAUGAGAUUCCCUUUUUUAUUGCUAUGGGCGCUAUAGGAGGAUUGCUUGGAGCUUUAUUCAAUUUUCUGAACUACUGGCUCACCAUUUUCAGGAUCAGAUACAUUCAUCGACCCUGUUUGCAAGUAAUGGAGGCUAUGCUCGUGGCUGCAGUGACGGCUACAGUUUCAUUCACAAUGAUUUAUUUCUCUAAUGACUGUCAGCCACUGGCUCCUGAGAACAACGAGGAGUACCCACUGCAGUUAUUCUGUUCUGAUGGGGAGUAUAAUGCCAUGGCCACAGCCUUCUUCAACACUCCUGAGAGAAGUGUCCGCAGUCUUUUCCACAACCAGCCAGGCUCGUACAACCCUCUGACCCUGGGUCUGUUCACUCUCACCUACUUCUUCCUGGCCUGUUGGACCUAUGGCCUGUCCGUGUCUGCGGGGGUCUUCAUCCCCUCUCUGCUCAUCGGUGCUGCCUGGGGGAGGCUGUGUGGAAUUCUUCUGGCCUCCAUCUCAUCCAGUGGUUCAUUAUGGGCUGACCCAGGUAGAUAUGCUCUGAUUGGAGCUGCAGCUCAGCUAGGUGGAAUUGUGAGAAUGACAUUAAGUUUGACAGUCAUCAUGGUGGAGGCUACAGGAAAUGUCACCUAUGGUCUGCCUAUCAUGCUAGUGCUGAUGACAGCCAAGAUAGUUGGGGACUACUUUAUUGAAGGUCUAUAUGACAUCCACAUUAAACUGCAGAGCGUUCCUUUCCUGCACUGGGAGGCUCCUGCCACGUCCCACUGGCUCACAGCCAGAGAAGUGAUGAGCUCUCCUGUGACCUGUUUGAACCGGAUAGAAAAGGUUGGAACCAUUGUGGAUACGCUUAGCAACACCUCCACCAAUCACAACGGCUUCCCUGUGGUGGUACAGACCCUUGGGAAUGAUGAGCCAGGGAAGCUGUGUGGCCUGAUUCUUCGCUCUCAGCUCAUUGUUCUUCUCAAACACAAGGUGUUUGUGGAGUUGGCCCGCUCUCGUCUGACACAGAGAAAACUCCAGCUCAAAGACUUUAGAGACGCUUACCCGCGCUUCCCCCCGAUCCAAAGCAUCCACGUGUCCCAGGACGAGAGGGAGUGCAUGAUGGAUCUCACAGAGUUUAUGAACCCCACGCCAUACACAGUCCCACAGGAUACAUCUUUGCCCCGUGUGUUCAAGUUGUUCAGAGCUCUUGGCCUCAGACACUUGGUUGUAGUGGAUGACGAGAACAGGGUGGUUGGACUUGUUACAAGGAAAGACCUCGCCCGUUAUCACUUGGGUAAACACGGCCUGGAGGAGCUGCAGCUGGCCCAGACAUAGUACUCACAGACUGUCUCAUACUUCUAACACAAAGAACUGAUUUCACCUGAUGCCCUUACUGUCCACCACCAGCUAUGCAGAAAUAACAGUAACUGAGAAGGUACAAAACCCGUAAAAAUAAUGAAUGUAGAGCUAUUUUAUACAGAAAUAAUCACUCAGCUCCUCAAACAAGAUCCUCUAAUGCCAGUACGUGCUUAGUUCUUCUCCCAUGUGACUCUUCUGAAUAGUUUUUUCAAGAACUUUAUAGACAGUGUUAGCACAUUCAUUAUAUUGCACUGACUGACGACAAAAUAUUUAUUGUUCAAUUUGUGAAGUUUUAUUUUAAAUUAUGUAUGUGUGUUGGUGUUAUCUCCUGUUUGUUGAAAGUUAUGGAUUGACCUCUCAAAAUGGUGUAGAUGUUGUCAGCACCGAUGGGUGUAUUUAAAUCCACGAAAAACUGUUCAUGUCACUGUUAUUUUUAACAUUUCAAGAAAUAGUCCAAAAUUGUUUUAUUUAGAAAAAAAUUAUCAAAAUGAAAACCUUAACUUCAGAACAUGUAAAACAACAUAAAUGAUUAGGUUUUUUUACCGUUUAUACUGGAAAAUUGCAACCAUGCUGAUGAAGAAAUAUUAUUUUUUACAUACAUAGGAUUUUUCAAUUUACAACCAUUCAUUUUCCACAUCUCUGUGCUCUUGGUACUCCAAAUUUAGCAUUUGAAAGACUACUGUUAAACAAAAGACACGUUCUUUUUUUAAAAAUCUGUGAAAAUAAUUUUUGUGAAUUAAUAAAAUACAAAUAUGAGAAUGAGAAAAA